GUUUAAAUAUUUACAUGAUAUCUACAAUAGUGUUUAUAAAACGAAACAAUGAUAAAGUGAAUAUACCAGUUUGUUCUUUGUGAAAGUUCUAUAAUUGUGUGAGUUUUGAGAACAAUAUAUUAUCAUACAAUGUCAGGCUUAAAGAUUUCCGAAUUCUUAGCAGAGGAUUAAUUUCAAAUGCUAAAAAUGGUAUUGAAAAAUGUCCCGAUGCCUAAGAAUAUUCAGAGCUUACUCAAUUAAAAUAACACGACGUAAUUCCACAGUAUUUCUAAUACUUUCGUUUCUGCUAAUACUUUUUUCAAUUCUCCGACUCUACAAAUACAAUCAUUCCGUACAUCCAAAUACUUUGCCACAUAAUAACUAUGAUGAAUAUAGACCAGGAGAUUUCUUAAAAGGACAUCAGCCAUUGCUUAAUAGCAGUUAUUUCUGUAAGUUCAACUAUGGCCUACCUCAAAUGCUGGAUUGGGGAACAUUUCCUAUAUACACAUCUCCAGGAGAAGGAAUCGAUGGACCAUAUCGAGUUAUAUACAACGCUGUCAAAGGCACUGCUUAUCUUAACUAUAGUAAAUACAACGCGGUGACAUAUGCCACACAAGCCACUACAGAAUUUAUUUACCACAUAGUUGAAAUAGCAAGAUAUUGGGAGGGGCCAGUUAGCUUAGCAGUUUAUGUUCCUAAUUAUGAUAUGGAUACUGCAAUGCAGCAAAUAAAACAAUUAUGUAGAUGCUAUCAAAGUAUGAAUAAAGUUUCUAUACACUUAUUCUAUCCCAAGCGACAUCGACCUAAAAUUCAGAAUCGUAAAACAGAGAUGCCAACAGAGGUUUCACUGCUUAAUAUUAAUAUAUCUCAAAGUCAAUCACUAGAUAGCAAAAUACAAAAAUAUCGGAGUCUUAACAAGGAGAAUAGAGGAAAAUACGUCGAAUGGGUAAUCAAGAACAAGAUAAAACGGUUGAUUGCGAAAUUGCCCAGAAAGGACAAAUAUGCUCCAAUAUUAGAUUUUCCCGAUUGUGCCGGUCCAGAAGAGUUUAAUAUACCCACGUUUCGACGAGAACAUAGCAUGACAUAUCCAAUAAAUGUUGGGAGGAAUGUUGCUAGGAAUGCGUCGAGUACAAACUAUUUUCUUGUGUCUGAUAUAGAAAUGGUGCCUAGCGAAGGAUUAGCGACGAAAUUCCUCAGAAUGUUGAGAAAACUUAUGGGCGAUCGGAGGCGAGAUAAAGGCGAUAUAUUUGCAAAGACGGUCUUUGUAGUGCCGUUAUUUGAGGUAGCAAAAGGGGAGGCAAUCCCUCGAGACAAAGACACGUUGGUGAAGUUGGUAUCAUCGAAUCGAGCCUUCUACUUCCAUCAGAGACAAUGUCCUCAUUGCCAACGGUUUCCUGGACUUCAGACGUGGCUGUUUCGUACACCACGGGACGUAUUAGAGCCAAUGUUGAUAUCACGAAGAGAGUAUCCAUACCACAGAUGGGAGCCAUUGUAUUUCGGUACACAACAGGAGCCGUGGUACGACGAGAAGUUGUCCUGGGAAGGACGUCAGGAGAAGAUGACUCAGAUGUUGGAGCUGUGUCUACAAGAUUAUCGGAUGGUGGUGCUAGAUGGUGGGUUCCUUUGUCACGCUGCCAGCAACAAGAAUAUCACUAACAACAUCAAAGCCGAACAACUGACGAGACGGAGAUAUCAGACCAUCAUAUCGGAGUUCAAAAAUAAAUAUCCGAAGCGUCCUAAAUGUAGAACUAUGUAUGGAUGUUGAACUUUGUACAAGCUUAGAUUUGCAAAUCUGUUUAAAUUCAUGGUUUCGAGGGGUUUCGAGGCCGAAGCCUAAAGAAAUGUUUUUGUGCCCGAUGAUACUUUCACUGGUAGCGUUGAAUCAUUGAAAUAUAAAUAUUGCUUCAAGAA